AUGAACCGUCGCCUCCUCUCCGCCCUCGGCAGCCGUCGAACCAUCGCGAACUUCUCCCCCAAAGAUCUGGAGCGAAUCGCAACGAAGAGGAACGAAUUGGCUGCCGACUUCGAUCGCGGCCUGGGGGAAGAUGGUGAAGGCAACAAGAUCAGGCUUGACGCCGAGGAGAAAACGAUCAGCACGUCGGUUGGCGAGCUGCCCAUGUCACCCCUCAUGGAUCCAGACUUCGUAGAGACUACCAAGAGGUGGAGGCAUCACAAGGGGAGGGCGAAUAAAGGCGAAGUCAAGGACCUAAAGGAGAGAGCGAGGAGGAAACUUGAGGAAAAUGCAUAUGGUCUGUUGUGCCCAGCUGGCUUGAAUUCUGGUCACGCAGCUAACGAGGUUUUCCCAGCUCAUGCCUUGGCAUCUCCCGUCCGAAUAUGUCAGGUCUUUAGAAAACGUCUCCCCUCCUACUUCCACCAAAAGUUCAACGCCGUUCAGAACUUGGAAACCGGCAAGUUUUGGGCAAUCCCGGGGGACAUUGAAUCGGCGGCACCAGAGAAUGAUACAGCAGAGCAAGAGCCAGGUGCUGGCGAAGGAGCGCAAGAGCAGAAACCCAUGAUGGGGUCGCCUUCGGGCUACGUUAUGGCCAGGAAACGGGUAAUCUACAACAUGUUGCAAAAGCCGGGUUCGAGCCCAUAUUCUGGAACCUCCAAGGCUGUCUUCGCCAGGCGGGCGAACUUGAAAACCGAAAGGAACCAGAUCGUAUGGCGCCAAGACAUGGACAACUUCGUGCUGGAGAAUCUGAGGCGUCAAGCGGUCAACACCAUCUUGUAUUAUUUGCGGCUGUCGGAAGACGCUGACCGUGGGUAUCUGAGGCCAUGCAGCUUCCGGGACGUACACGAAAUGCAGAAGCGUGGGUGUCUGCUGUGGAUGCCGCCAAACGAAUACGGCCCGGAGUCUUUGGAGCAAUUUGCUACUUUUGACGUCCCGGACGUCAAGUGGGAGAAGAAGCUGGCCGUCCAUGACCUCAACCAACUGCUGGGACCCGAACACAUGGCGACUUUAAGGCAGUAUUCCUUGUUCAAGGACAACUCGCUGAUCCUGUUGGGCAAGCGACGCUUGUGCUCUGGAAGCUACAGGGAUAUUUGGCAGAAUUCCCUCAAGAUUUCUGGGAAACUCCUUUGA